ACCUGGCUUAUCUGACAUGUAUUUGAAUUAGUCGGUUCAGGGAGUUUUUGACGUCAAGUCCUCUUUGAACCAUUAAUAAAUGGAAGGUGAAUAGAAAAUUCCCCAUUUUGUAAAAGAGUUUGGUAGGAUAGUUGAGAACCAUCUAUCCUUAAACGGAUGUCUCAAGCUCGAGUCUUGAGAAAAGAGAACUUCUUGAUAAAGAAUGGUUUACCUUCGCUAGCCGGAUUACAUGAAUCUGAAUUAGUCAGAUAGGUGAGUUUCGGACGGUGGAAGAAAAUUGUUUUUGAACCAUUAAUAAAUGAAAGGGAGGUGAAUAGAAAAUUCCACAUGUUGUAAAAGUCACAAAGGUCCACACCCCAUUUGGCCAAUCUUCCAUCAGACUGUCUAUCUUCAAAGCCUUGCUUCCACAUGUUCGAGUCAACUUAACUUGUCCAAAAGACAACAACAUUAAUGCAAUUCUAUGGCCAAGCAAAGCCAAACAAACAAUAAAAGAAACUCUGCAAAGUUCAGUUUUUUUAAUCAAUGUUCUUGGUUAUUCUUGUUACUGUUGGAUGUUUUUUUUUAAUUUUAUCCAAAAGGGUUCAUCAUGGAAUUGUUUUCUUGGUUUUUUGUCUUCAAUUUCUUUCAUUUUUGGUUCUUUGAUUCAGCUCAAGGACAGAACACAUCCUACUCAAGCUGCACUAAGGAUUUUCAGUGUGGAAACUUAAAUAAUUUGAGCUUUCCUUUCUACAAAUCCACUGAAAUUGAUGAUUGUGGAUUCUGCAAAGUGGAUUGUGAAGGUAUUCCAAAUGCCACAAUUGAACUAGAAGGAGUGAAAUAUCAAGCUCUUUGGAAACAAGAUGUUUUUAUCAAACUUAAGCACCCUAUUCUUGAAAAGUUGUUGAAGAACAAAAGCUGCACAACUUUCGAUAGAAAUCUCUCUCUCCCUAUUUCUCCUUCAAUCACAUAUAGAUUGGACCGCCUUCUUCCUUUGUUCAAAUGUAACAGUAGCCAGAAUAGUAUACAUGAAGAAUUUUUCUCUUUCCCAAGUUAUCAAAACUACAGUGGCUGCCAAAGUUUCAUAUUAUACUAUAACACCUCAUUCUAUCAUUAUCCAGGAUUCCAGUUUCCUAGUAGCUGUUCACUUAUUCAGUUACCUUUGGAAUCAAAUUCAGAAGCAAAAUCAAAUGAUAGUGUCUUAUUUGAUUUGUUAACUGAUGAAGUUAUACUAGGAUGGACCGUGUCUGAUGCAUGUAAUCAAUGUUAUUAUACAGGAGGCAGGUGUCAAACUGAUAAUAGUACUAACAACUUUUUUUGUUAUAAUACCAACAAAGGACAGAUAAAAGUGACGAAAGUGAUUGUUGCAGCAUUUAUCGGUUCCCUUAUUGGACUCUGCACAAUUGCCUGUGUUCUAUGGUAUUACAAGAGGAGGAAAAAUUAUUCUUCACCAUUUCUUUCAAGAAAUACAUCUGGUAUUUCAAUGAUUCAUCACGAGCUCAAGGAACGUUGUGAAUACCUAGGGAUCCCAAUAUUCUCCUAUGCAGAACUUGAAGAAGCCACCAAUAAAUUCAACUCUUCCGGACAACUUGGUGAUGGAGGCUAUGGAACUGUGUACUAUGGAAAACUUAAAGAUGGAAAAGAACUUGCAGUUAAGAGCCUUUAUGAGCAUAAUCACAGGCAAAUGCAGCAGUUCAUCAAUGAAAUUGAAAUUCUUACUGGCCGUAGGCAUCCGAAUCUUGUUACCCUUUAUGGAUGCACAUCAAGAUGUAGCCGUAAACUCUUCCUUGUUUAUGAGUACAUUCCCAAUGGAACAAUUGCUGAUCAUCUGCAUGGCCAUAGAGCGAAGGAAAAGUUACUAACAUGGCCUAUAAGGCUCAAAAUCGCCAUAGAAACAGCUAGUGCAUUGGCUUACCUUCAUGCUUCUGACAUCAUACACCGAGAUGUCAAGACUAAUAACAUUCUCCUGGACAAUGAUUUUUGUGUCAAAGUAGCAGAUUUUGGGCUAUCAAAACUCUUCCCCAAUGAUGUUACUCAUAUUUCAACUGCACCUCAGGGGACACCGGGAUAUGUUGAUCCUCAGUAUCACGAAUGUUACCAGCUUACUAAUAAGAGCGAUGUUUAUAGCUUUGGGGUUGUCCUUGUCGAGCUCAUAUCAUCAAAGCCAGCUGUAGAUAUGAAUAGAGAUAUGCACGAGAUUAACUUGGCUAACUACGCGAUGAACAGGAUACUAAAGUGCGCGUUUGAUGAGGUGAUUGAUCCAUCUCUUGGAUUCGAGACAGAUGCUGAAGUUAUGAGGAUGACAACAUCAGUUGCAGAACUAGCUUUUCAGUGCUUGCAAGUUGUCAAGGACAUGCGGCCUUCAAUGCAAGAAGUACUCGAGACGUUGAAGACUAUCAAAGACGGUGAAUGGAAAAACUAUCACAAAAAGGUCACCAAUAGCUAUAAUACCAAGCCAAGAACUGUCAAAGUUCAUCGUCAUCCUUCUGAAACGGAUGAUGCUGUGUUAUUGAAGAAAAAUAUUCCAGCUUCACCUGAUACUGUGAUUGAUAAAUGGGCUAGUAGCUCCACUACAGCUAGUACUUGAUGUUAGAUACAUACCACGAUUAGCAUGAUAUCAUUUUUAUAGAGUUUUCUUAGCUUGUUUUAUCCUGUUUAAUUGGUUGAUGCUUAAGGCAUAGUUCAUGAACAUAGUAAAUGAAGCUUUCUUAAAGUGUUAGUUAAAAGUCAUAUAUGUAUAUGAAGUCAUAUAUGUAUAUGGCUCCUUAGUCAUCAACCAAGUAAAACAUUCCCCUUUAGACUACAUUGUUCGGACUCUCCUAAAAUGUUGUCGUACCUGUUCGAUUACUCCAAAAAUGCACUACUUUUGGAGGAUCUAACACGCACCACUCGGCGUUUUUGAAGAGUCCGACCAAAAUAGCCUUUAGUCCAAAAGUUUAGAAUUGGUUGGUGCAAAUAAUCUAACCCUUUUCCCUCUGAAGACUUUGGAAAAUUUUCGAUAUGGGUUGUCCUUGCUUUGAGUUUGUCUACAAAAGCAAAAGUUUUGCUUUGUAUUAUAUCAAGUUUUCUUUGAAAAUGUCUUUGCUGCUUUUGGUGAAAGACAUUCAAGCAAUUUUGCUCA